AUGGUCGUUACAAGGCAGGGUACCGUCACCUCCCCAGCAGCUCCGCAAGGAGCUUCUCCUGCAGCACCAGGUGCAGCAGCAGAUGCAACAGCAGGGGCCCCGAAGGGUCGAAGCCCGCUGAAGGCAGCAGCGCAGCAAAGGGCCCCUUCGCGGAAGAAGCGGGUUGGGGGCGCCUCACCAGCAGCAGCCAAGGCUGCUGCAGCACACAGAUCAGAGAGGAACUUUGCUUCUCCAGCGGCGUCUCCUCGUGCUGCUGCUGCAGCAGCAGUAGCAAGCCCUCGCGUGCACAUUGCAAGCAAAGCGGAGGUGCUGCCGGCCACCAGCGCAGCAGCAGUAGGCAGAAGAGCCGCUGCAGAGAGGCCCCUAUACAAGGGGGGACCCCUGAAGGAGAGGCUGCAGACGGGGCCCCUCCCCUUUGUGAGGCAAAUGAGCGGCAUGAGCGACUCGGAGGAAAAAGAAACAGAAAAUGCAGAUGAAGGCUUUGCAGCAGCAGCUCGCCUAACCCCCACCACUAGGAGGCGCAGAGGGGGAGCGGCAGCAGCGGCAGCAGAACUAACGAGACAAAGCAGCAGCAGCAGCAGCAACGGAAGCGUCAGCAACAGACAAGCCAGGGCUCAAGGUUCAGGAGCCGAUCAGCAGAUGGAAGCUGCAGAGGAGGCACUGGCAUUAGGUGGCAUCCGUUCCCGUAGCAGCAACAUCAACAGAAGCAGCAGCAGCAGCAGCAGCAGCGGCAGCAGCGGGCGUUUGUCUGAGGGGAAGCUGGAUGCCUCUCUGUCUCUUAUGCUGCUGUCUCUUCUUUGGGGUCUCAAUGGAGCUGCACAGGCCCUCGCCUUCCCUCUCCUCGUCUCCUCCCUCUCUUCCUGGCUCUCCAACACUGAAAGAGGGGGAGUACUUGGUGUAUGGACAACUUGUCAGCAGGUGGGGAGUAUCUUUGCAAGUUAUUUAACAGCAGAGUUGUUGUCUGGUGCUGCUGAGGGCCCUUCAGCUCUAUUAAGUAAUAUCUCUCUUUGGGGGCCGCACACUAAAGGGCUCUCCCGCUGGAGACAGACGUUCUUCGUCUCUGCUCUCUGGGUUUUCUGCUGCUCCGUCUUGCUGCUGCGCUGCCUCCGGAGUGCGCCACAAGACCCAGAAGCAGCUGCUGCAGCCAAGCAGCAGCAGCAGAACCAGAAGCAGCAGCCCAAGCAGCAGCAGCAGCAGCAGCAGCAGCAGCAGCAGCACAACUCGUUACUGGGGUCUGUCCUGUUCUCUCUCUCUGCAGCAUUCUACUGCACAUACUUCGAUGCGGGUGGCGUCUUCGGAUCCGUCUCCGUGGGGUGGUUAUCAGACAAAUACUUGAGGGGCCGUCGCAGUUUGCUGCUGGCUCCGAUGUGCUGGCUGGCGGGGGCCUUCCUUGUGCUGCUGCACUCCUCGUUGCUGUGGGGCCCCACAGGAGAUUUAGGGUUUGCUGCUCAAUUCGCGCUGCUGCUGGCGGGAGCUGCGAUAGCAGCACCGGACUCUGCCCUGGGAGCAGCAGCAGCAGCAGAUGCAUGCGCAGAGGAGAAAGAGACACAAAACGAAACAUUUGCUGCAGCAGCAUCAUGUAUAGUGAACGGGGCUGGCAGUGUUGGUUCGAUACUGCAAGGCCUCCUGACGCCAACUCUUCUUUCUGCAUAUGGCUGGUCUUGUGUUUUUAAUUAUCUGGCUUUGAUGUCCGUUCUUGGAGUUCAAACCUUCUUACGCAUUCGCCCCUCCUCUUCUCCCUCUUCAGGGGGCCCCCCAACUACUCGCUGCCUGGCACUGUGGAGCCGUAACCCUAACUCCGUCAAAAAGGAGUCUGGGGGCCCCGGGGGCCCCCCCUUAAAGGGGCCCUACGCAGGGGGGCCCUGCCCAGAGGGGCCCCCCACGGAGCCUUUAUUGAAUACUGAAGCCCCAGAGGGUACGGCAGCAAAGGAACCCCCGACGCCUGAAGGUGCUUUGGGGGCCCCCGUCUCUUUUGCUGCAGGUUGCAAUGGUGAGCAGCAGCAAGGUCUCAGGGGCCUGCUCUCUCUUGCUGCUGGCAGAAGCAGGGCCCAGACCUCUUCAUUGCAGCAGGACGGAGAGGGCCCCUACCUUAAACCUCAAUCAGCCCCUGUCUCCAGUUCAACCCCCCUCCGGGUGCAGCGACCUGCUGCAGUUGUGCUGCUGCCUCCUGGCGGGGGGACCCGGGCCCCUGCUGCGCAGCAAAGCGCUAACGCAUCUGCUAAGAAAGGCUGGGGGCCCCCAUUGAACCCUAAAGACCUUCCUUACAGCCGCACCCUCAACGCACCGGAGUGCCUUUAUUCAGAGCAAAGCCGCCCCCCAGAGGUCCCGAAAGAGGCAGCAGCGAGGCAACAACAGAUAUAUUUGAAGAGCUGUGCGGGGCCCUCCAAAGGGCCCCCUGUGGGGACCCCUGAGAGACUUCGUGAGAGGCCCCUCGUGGGGUCCCCUGGGGGGGCUAUUGAGAGGCCCCUCGUGGGGGCCCCUGGGGGGCCCCUUGAGGGGCCCCCUGUGGGGCCCCAUGGGGGUCGUUCUGUAGGGUUGAUGAGUUGUUGCUUGGGAGACAAGGGCUGCGUGGGGCCCUUUCGGUUUGACGGUGUAUUUGAGGAAGAUUCAUCUCAAGAGAGUCUCUUUAAAACAGUUGGAAGGCCAGCAGCAGAAGCAGUGCUUAGAGGCGUCAGCGCAUGCAUUGCUGUGCGCCUCAAGGCCUGCGGUGUCUUGCGAGACAGGCAUGGGGCCUCGGGGAGCGGCAAGACGUACACCAUGGUCGGGCCCGCAGGAUUCCUAACACAGAGACCCAGCAGCAGCAGCAGCAGCAGCAGCAGGAGCAGCGGCAGCAGCAGCAGCAGCAGCAAGGAGAAGUGGGGUCUUGCUUUGCGGACUCUUGAGUUUGUGAUGGAGGAGUUGGAAGGUCGGGUCAAAGAGGGGCCCCUUCAGAGCCCUGCUGCCUUUGUUUCUUUUUCUGCUGUUGAGAUGUACUGCGGCAAAGUAAGAGAUCUCUUGGGGCCCCCACGAGGCGAACCUCAAACUGCUGCAGCAAAUGCUCAGACACUGGAGAGACAGCUGCAGCCGCGCGGGGCCCCCAGCAGCAUUCAGGGGGCCCCUGGAGCCCCCGAGGGCAUUUGCGAAGCAAAGGAAAAGGGCCCCUGCCUCUACCUGGUAGACCUCGCAGGAGCUGAGCGGCAGCCUAUGGAGCGCUGGGGGCCCCCUGAAGUUGGGGCCCCCCUAUACCCUCACCUGAAGGAGCAGUCGGGGGCCCUCUUUGCACAAGAGGCUGCCUCCAUCAGCAAAAGUUUGUCUGCCUUCAUGGCCGUCCUCACCGCCCUCGCCAUACACUGCGCAGCUGCAAGACGUAAGAACAGGGGGACCCCAGGGGGCCCCCCAGGGGGGCCCCUCUCGCUGCUGCUGCACGGGGGCCCCCCAGCUGGCAGACUUGAGGACACCAACCUAACGGGGGCCCCCAACAAGGGGGGUCUUGCUGCAACACGCCCCCCAACUCAAUCCAACAGCUGCAGCAAACCUCCUGAUGCAGCAGCGGGGGGCCCCCCUUCAAGAAGAGUUAGGGCCCCAAGGGGCCCCCACGUUCGCUUUCGAGAGUCCUGCCUGACCGUUGCCCUUAAAGAUGUCUUGGACGGGUGCGGCCACGUGUCUUUGGUGUUCACUGUUAGCAGCAAAGAAGAAGAUCGGGGGCCCACCCUGCAGACACUCCGCCCUUCUGUCUUCAAAAGCCUCGCAGAAACAUCAGCGGCAACAGCAGCAGCAGCAGCAGCAGCAGGACUUCUGCAGCAGCAGCUCCCAAUGGCACAGCUGCAGCAGCAACAAGCGCAGCAGCGAAGGAAACCGCAACAGCUAGAACAGCACCCCGUGCAGCAGCAGCAGCAGCAGCAACAACGGCGCCAAAAGGAACGGCAGCAGUUGCUCGACCAACAUCUACUGCAACGCAAAAGCUUGAAAAGGCAGCAGCAGCAGCAGCAGCAAAGGCGUACGCAGCAGCAGAAGCACGGAAAGCAGCAGCAACAAAAGCAGCAACACCACCCAAAAGCACAGCAGCAGCAGCAGCAGCACAUAACGCAGCAAUGCUAA